UAUUGCACCUUGUAUUUUCCAUUGUAGAAUUCUGACUCAGAGCUACCAGCACAUCUUGGCCUUGGUCUUCACUGUAAAGGAGAUUAAUGCAAACCCCCAGAUCUUACCCAAUACUUCCCUGGGCUUCAGCAUCUAUAACAACUAUUUUAAUGCCAGAUAUACCUAUGUUGCCACCAUGGGACUUCUCUCAACCCCAAGCAGAUUCAUUGCUAACUACAAAUGUGAUCACCAGAGUGAUCUGGCUGCUGUCAUUGGGGGACCAAACACAAAUGACUGCCUGGACAUGGCAAUGAUCCUGAGCAUCUACAAGCUACCACUGCUAACGUUUAGCUCUGCUCUGGAGAAGAAUAUGAAAAAUCAAGCUGUCUUUGUACAUUGGAUGUUCCCUGGUGGAGAUUAUCAAUAUAGGGGGAUUGUCCAGCUUCUUCUGCACUUUAGGUGGACAUGGAUAGGGCUGAUUUAUCUUAAUAUUGGCAGUAUAACUGAGACAUUGAUGCGGAGUGUGUUUCCCAUGUUUUCCAUCAGUGGUAUCUGUUUUGACUUCAUACGAAAAAUUACUGUACGUUCCGAUGACAUGAAUGAAAUCCUAGAAGGAGGGCGUCGAACAAUAAGCAUUAUUACGGAAAGCAUAGCCAGUACAGUGAUCUUCCAUGGUGAAUUCCACAGUAUGCUGAAUUUGAUUAUCUUGCUCUAUGGUGCAAAAUUUGACAGUAUACCUGAGAGGGCUAAAGUCUGGAUUAUGACAGCAGAUAUGGAUUUCACGCUCCUUCCAUUCCAAAAAGAUUGGGAUAUUCAUUUCAUUCAUGGCUCUAUAUCCCUUGCAAUUCAUUCAGAGCAGGUCCUGGGGUUCCAGCAAUUUCUUGAGAAGAGGAACCCUACUUUGGAAAAGGAAGAUGGCUUUCUGGUGGACUUCUGGCAACAGGCAUUUAACUGCUUGUUCCCAAGUUCCACUGCAGACAUGGGUGAUGAGAACAUCUGCACUGGUGAAGAGAAGCUGAACACUCUUCCUGCAUCUAUCUUUGAAACAAGCAUGACUGCUCACAGCUACACCAUCUACAAUGCUGUCUAUGCCAUUGCUCAUGCUUUGCAUGCUAUGCAUUUAUUCAUGUCUAAGCACAGAACAGUGGUGAAUGGAGGGAAACAGAAAGAUCUUAAUCAGCAACUAUGGAAGACACCACCCCUUUCUGCUUGUAAUGAGCACUGCCCUUCAGGUGGUAGAAAAACAAAGGAAGAAGGGAGGCCAUUUUGUUGCUAUGGUUGUCUUCCAUGUCCAGAAGGGAAGAUUUCAAACCAGACAGAUAUGGAUACUUGCUUUGAAUGUCCAGAGGGUUGUUAUCCAAACAGCAAGCAGGACACAUGUAUUCCUAAGUAUAUCAGUUACCUGUCUUAUGAAGAACCUUUGGGCAUCACCUUGACCACACUAGCUCUUUUGCUAGCUUUUAUCUCAGUGUUGGUCCUACGAACCUUUAUGAAGUUCCAUGACACACCCAUCGUCAAAGCCAACAGCCAAAACAUCUCCUGCAUUCUUCUCAUCUCCCUCCUGCUCUCCUUCCUUUGUGCUUUGCUCUUCAUCGGCCAACCCGAGGAGGUGACCUGUCUCCUUCGACAAACUGCUUCCGGCCUCAUCUUCUCAGUGGCUGUUUCCUGCAUGCUGGCCAAAAGCAUCACUGUGGUCCUGGCCUUCAUGUCCACCAAGCCAGGGUCCCGAAUGAAGAAAUGGAUGGGGAAAAAGCUCGCAUAUUCCAUUGUUCUCUUCUGCUCCCUUCUUCAAGCCAGUCUGUGUAGUGUUUGGCUGGCAACUUCUCCUCCAUUUCUGGAUUUGGACUUGCACUCUAUAAGUGACCAGAUUGUACUUCAGUGUAAUGAAGGGUCUGUGACCAUGUUUUAUUGUGUCUUGGGUUUUAUGGGAUUUCUGGCUAUCAUCAGUUUCACAGUGGCUGUCCUGUCCAGGAAGCUACCAGAUAGUUUCCAGGAAGCAAAGUCCAUCACCUUCAGCAUGUUGCUGUUUUGCAGCAUGUGGGUGUCCUUUGUUCCCACCUACCUGAGCACCAAGGGGAAGUACAUGGUGGCUGUGGAGGUCUUCUCCAUCUUGGCCUCCAGUGCUGGCCUUCUUGGUUGUGUCUUUUUCCCCAAAUGCUACAUCAUCCUCUUGUGGCCAGAUCUGAACAAAAAGGAGCAGCUAAUAAAAAGGCCACUGACUCAGAGUUACCAACACAUCCUGGCCCUGGAAUUUGCUGUAAAGGAGGUUAAUGACAAUCCUGAACUCUUGCCCAAUGCCUCCCUGGGCUUCCACAUCUACACGAACUACUUCAGUCGAAAACAUACCUUCGCUGCCACAAUGCAACUUCUUUCUACGCCAGGCAGGUUCAACCCCAACUACAAGUGUGAUGUCCAAAGUAAACUGGCAGCAGUCAUUGGGGGACCAAACACCAAUGACUGCCUGGAUAUGGCAACCAUCCUGACCGUCUACAAGCUGCCACAGGGCUGUAUUCACUUUUCCGUUCAUGUGGGUAAUUACAAAGAAGAACACAAUGAUAAAAAUAACAUGAGUAGAAUAAAGAAGCAGAUGGGUUGA